AUGUCCUGGACUCAGGUCUCGUCCACGCGAUACGAGCGUCCCUUCGACACGAUUGAAACCUUCUAUCGUGCCAUUGCCGCGGCCGGCGCGCCGCUGAACAAAGAGCACUACCUGAUCACCUGCACUGCGCGCCUGCAAGCACCGCUGCCGCCGGCUUCGGCGGUCGAACAGGCCCUCUCGACCCCGCGGAACGUCUUCCGCUUCCUCCCCGCCUACGUGGAGCCGGACCCGCUCGAGGGCGCCUCGCACCCGGAGCUGAGCUCGAUGGGCCGUGUGAACGACACCCUGACCGCGGAGGAGGUGCGGGGGCGGGUGCGCACUGUGCGGGUGACGACCUGGUGGGUGGCGGUCGAGGUCAUCAAUCGGUUGCUGUUGACGAAUGUGUGGACGUGGGAAGAGCGGAUGGUGCUGUCUGUGAAUUGGAACGAGGCGUUUUAUGCGCCGGAGCUGGUGGAAGGAUUGUUGGGGGCGUGGCGGGAGGAGUUGGUUCGGGGGUUGUUGGCGGGUUAG